CACCGCCCUUUUUAUCUCUGGACUUUAUUAACCCACACGCGCACAUUUCACACACAUAAUUCUCUCUCUCUCUCUUCGCAUCUCUCUGGCUAUAUAUAUACAAGUAAUUCUCGCCGGCGCCUCCACGAAGCCCUAUCUCAAUCUCUAUCAAUUCCUUAAGGUUGGUGAUAAGAAUUGUGAAUUUGUUGUGUUUGUAGCUGCGUUUGUCGUGAUUUUGGUGAAGAUUAGAAUUUUACUGCUCAAUUACAGCUUACCUUCUUUACAGGAGUAUGUGGCGGUGAAUGGGCUUUGACAAAUUUGUGCGUGUGAUACAUGAGCUUUUCUAUUACUUACAUAUAUGGAAAUUUCUUCUGCUAGAUCCAGGAUGAUGACCCUUCAUUUAGGAUGUUGGACAGUUGCGUGGUUAAGAUGAAGAAUUGAAGUCUGUGAAUCUGUUUUAAUUAACUGAAGCUUAAAGUAAAUCAUCAAAAUGGAUCGUAAGGACACAUCAGGAUUUGUUAGCGGGGGAGGGAUUUUCUGUGAAAGCAUCUGAUUCUAGUUGUAGUUCUAACCUUAGAGCUUAGUGUCUUUUGUAAAUAAUUAAUAUAAUCCCGGAAGUCAGGCGAGCUAUUUUUUUGGUACACGGAGUGUGUCAUAUAAGGAGUUGGUCGGUUGAUGGAUGCAAGGUUCCGCAGUCAAGGUUUCGUUGUCAAACCUACUUUAAAUUCAGUGAAGAAUCUACACAGGACCGUCCAUCUUGGAGGAGAUGGAUCUGCAGCUGAUUGUGCAGAUACCACAUUGCGACUUGAUUUUCCCGGUUCGUCAGUCUCGGCAGGCUUGUCAGCUUCGAAGGGAAUUAAGAGAAAAUGGAGCCUGUCUGGCGGAUCUGUGGAGCAACAAAUUGAGUUGCCACUAUGUCUGGGUUUAGGUCGUGCUUCAAGUUCCUCAGAUAGUAAGGGAAGUUCAGCUACUGCAUGUACCACAGUCUCUUCUGCCAAAGAAACUGACGAGGGGUCAUCUAUGGAUCUUGAAUUGGACUUCUCUCUCCAUCUUGGAAAUGAGAAGGCGCCUUAUCUAAAUAACUGUGUCACCUCCAAUAAUAAUGCGCCCAUACUGCGGCCUAAGGUUAAUUUAGACUUAAGUUUGUCUUUCAUGCCUUCUGAAUCUGAUGUUUCUACUACUCAUCCUUGCUUGAGUCCAUCUCAUCAUGUCAUUGAAUAUCCGAAGGCGGUUGGGGGAACAAAUAAUAAAGGUGAAAAGUCAACUUCCUCACAUUGGAAGAGAAGAAAUCAUGUUCCACCGAGUCUUUUCAUUGAACAGAGUCUAAAAGAACUGAAACCAACUCCAACAACUCCAGAGAUCUCUUCCAGCAUAGUAACAACACCAAAGAGUUCAGUAACUUGCACUUCCGGGAUUACACAGCAGCGUAGCAGUAACACAAAAACAUGUCAGUUUCAGGGAUGUGGAAAGGGAGCAAGAGGUGCCUCUGGUCUCUGCAUUGCUCAUGGUGGUGGUAGGCGAUGUCAGAAGCCUGGGUGCCAUAAAGGAGCCGAGGGUCGAACAGCGUAUUGCAAGGCCCAUGGUGGAGGUAGGCGGUGUGAAUUUCUAGGUUGUACAAAGAGUGCAGAAGGAUGUACAGAUUUUUGUAUCGCUCAUGGUGGUGGUCGGAGAUGCAGUAAGGAGGGCUGUAGUCGUGCUGCCCGAGGCAAAUCUGGACUGUGCAUUCGACAUGGGGGUGGAAAGAGGUGCACAAAGGAGAAUUGUACAAAAAGCGCUGAAGGUCUCUCAGGUCUUUGCAUUUCCCAUGGAGGUGGUCGAAGAUGUCAGUAUCCAGAAUGCACAAAAGGGGCUCAGGGAAGCACAAUGUUUUGCAAGGCACAUGGUGGUGGCAAGCGAUGCACAUUCGAAGGAUGCACUAAGGGCGCAGAAGGAAGCACACCAUUUUGUAAGGGCCACGGUGGAGGGAAAAGGUGUUCUUUUGGGGGUGGCGGGGUCUGCCCAAAGAGUGUGCAUGGAGGUACCCUUUUUUGUGUAGCACAUGGGGGUGGUAAGAGGUGUGCCGUGCCUGAAUGCACCAAGAGUGCCAGAGGCCGAACAGAUUAUUGUGUCAGACAUGGUGGAGGGAAGAGGUGCAGAUUUGAAGCGUGCAGCAAAAGUGCACAAGGUAGCACGGACUUUUGCAAGGCUCAUGGGGGAGGUAAAAGAUGCUCUUGGGGACAUCAGGGUUCAGAUUUUGGCAGAGAUGACAGCCCUUGUAAUGCGUUGGCUAGGGGAAAGAGUGGAUUAUGUACAUCACACAGUGGCUUGGUUCAGGACAAACGAGUUCAUGGAGGUGCUACAGCGGGUGUUAUGUUCCAGGAUUCAAAUACUUCUGGCAUCAUGAAUAAAGUUAUCACUACUGAGGAUACCUGUGGUGACUAUAUGAUGAUGGACAACACUGGUGUGCAAAUAGCUGGAUGUAUCGGAUCUACAUGGAGGGAUGGUAGUCUUUCAGUCGGUCUAGGUGUCACAUCAGCUCCUGCCUUAAUUCCUGAAGGAAGGGUGCAUGGAGGAGGCCUCAUUGCGUUGCUGUCAGGAAGUUCAGAAAGCAUGUUAGACAGCAACAGGAACUUCAUUGUUGGUCAUCCUUCUGAACCAGGGAAAUUUUAUGUGAGGCCAACCAGGGUGUAACGCUUUUACUCUACCUCUGUUUCAGCUAGUCUAUAUUGGGGAUUCUUCUGUAACGUGUCAGUUUUUUGUUUCAAGAUCAUGAAAGUUCGAUGCUCCACAGUUUAUGUCAUUCAGUUAUCUAAGCAGUCAGAGAUUUGGAAGGCUCUAGUUGAAAUAGCAAGUAUCAAAUAAACAAGGGAUUUAAAUGUUAUCAUUUUUCUUAGUGUUUUCUGUUGAUGUCUCUCUUUGUAUGAUCUUCUCUGUCAGCUUGGUUCUGGUAAAUGUCUUCAUUCAGGCAGCUGCUGUAUGAUAAAUAAGUUUUUGGAGUUCUGAAUGACAGUGUCAGUAUUAUUGUUUUGUAUGUCCGGGACUAUAGUUUUAUGUUACUGUGGUUUUUGUA